CUCUCUUUCUCUUUCUUUUUGCCACCGCUCCUCUCCUUGACCGUCCUCUUGUUUGUCUUUGCUGCAUCCUCUCAUCCAUCUCUUUCACGUUUUUGUCAAUCCCCAUUCUCCUCAUUCUAUCCACCUUUGUCUUUGUUUCUCUUUCUUUCUUUUCUUUUUUUUCUAGUCUCCACCUGCAUUCCACCUCUUUUGUAAUUUAAUUCGCAUAUCCUCCCUCACCUUUUUUCUCCCUCUUUUACUCCUCUCCUCCUUUUGUUCAUAUAUAAUCCACCAUGUCGAACGUACCCCAAGACGUCCUGCAACAGCUGGUCCAGGUCCUCGCGAACCUCGUCUCCAACGACAAUGCCGUGCGCUCCGCUGCAGAGGAGCAGCUUAACAACGAAUGGAUGGUCAAGAGCCCCGAUGCCCUCCUCUCUGGAUUUGCUUACCUUUCCCGCCACAGCGACGAGCCCGAUCUCCGUUCCUUUGCUGCGGUCCUGACUCGCCGCGUUGCUUUCAAGGGAAUCCCCAACCAGGACCCAGAGGCUGACGAGCAGACUCUUUGGGACGUGACGCAGGAGUCGACCCGUCAGGCCAUGAAGACCCAUUUCCUCACUGGUCUCUCGCAGGAACCCAACAAGUCAGUCCGCAACAAGGUCUGCGACACCAUUGCUGAGAUGGCUCGGGCUUCCACUUUGAAAGAACAAGCCUGGCCAGAACUCUUGCCCGCCUUGUUUGAAUGCACAAAGUCCCCCUCUCCCGAGCAUAGAGAAUCGGCUUUCCGCAUCUUCACCUCGGUCCCCAACUUGAUCUCUGGACAGCAUGUGGACAUCCUCAAGUCUGUCUUUGCCAACAGUCUUCGUGAUGAGAACAUCCAUGUCCGUUUGGCUGCUGCCAAGGCUGCUGUCUCAUUCAUGCUGGAUACCAACAACACCACUCGCAACUCUAUGGCCCCACUGAUGCCUCAGCUCCUCGAGGUCCUGAACUCCCUGGUUGCUGCUGGAGACGAGGAGUCCUUGAUCGAGGGAUUGGUUGUCAUGAUUGAGUUGGCUGAGCACUCUCCUCGUCUUUUCCGUCACGUUAUUGUCGAUGUCCUCCCCUUCAUGAUCGAGAUCGUUAAGAAGAAGGAGCUCGAGGACCGCACCAGACAGUCGGCCUUGGAGCUGUUGUUGACCUUGGCCGAGUGCGCCCCCGGUAUGGUCCGUAAGGUGCCAGAUUAUACCACCACUAUCGUCCCUGUUGCCUUGGAGAUGAUGACCGAACUGGACGAGGAUGAGGAAUGGUACACGACGGACGAUCUGGAUGAAGGCGACAACGACGAGAACUACGUCAUUGGAGAGCAUGCCAUGGACCGCUUGGCUCGUGCCUUGGGAGGCAAGGCCAUGUUGCCCGUCUCCUUUGUCUACAUCCCUCAAAUGCUCGCCAACGAGAGCUGGAAGGCCCGCCACGCAGCUUUGUUCGCUGUUUCGGCUAUUGGUGAGGGCUGCGUUCGCAUUAUGGAGGCCGAGCUCGGCAAGAUUAUCAACAUGGUCCUUCCCUUCUUGCGUGAUCCCCACCCCCGUGUUCGCUAUGCUGCCUGCAAUGCUAUCGGUCAAAUGUCGACUGACUUUGCUGGACCCAUGCAAAAGAACCAUCACGCUAUUGUCUUGACCAACCUGAUUCCCGUCAUGGAUGAUGCGCCUUUCCCCCGUGUUCGCGCCCACGCCGCCGCUGCUCUGGUCAACUUUUGCGAGGCUGUGGAGAAGGGCACCCUGGAGCCCUACUUGGACGCCAUCUUUGAGCGCCUCUUGUCACUUCUCAACACUGGCACGACCUACGUUCAGGAGCAGGCUAUCACGACCAUCGCCACUGUUGCCGAUAGUGCCGAGGACCGCUUCGUGAAGUACUACAGCAGCAUCAUGCCUCUGUUGAUUAACGUCCUUCGUCAGGCCACCAACAAGGAGUACAGAUUGUUGCGCGGAAAAGCCAUGGAGUGCGCCAGUUUGAUUGCCUUGGCUGUCGGCAAGGAAGUCUUUGCCCCACACGCACAAGAGUUCAUCCAGCUUUUGGUCCAGACCCAGGCCAGCGUCACUGAGGCCGAUGAUCCUCAGGUUUCGUAUUUGUUGGCAGCUUGGGCUCGUGUCUGCAAGGUAUUGGGACGCGACUUUGUUCCUUACCUGGACAUUGUUAUGCCUCCUCUGCUGGCCAGUGCUCAGCUCAAGCCCGAUUUCGCCGUGUUGGACCCCGAGGAUGAUAUCGAGUCCAAGUACUCUGCUGAGGACGGCUGGGAGUUUGUUGGUGUCGAUGGUCAGCAGAUUGGAAUCAAGACAACUGUCCUGGAGGAGAAAUGCACUGCUGUGGAGAUGCUGAUUUGCUAUGCCCGUGAGCUCGGACCUGGCUUCCGUCCUUACAUCGAGAAGGUCCGCGAUAUUGUGCUCCCUCUCCUCAAGUUCUACUUCCACGAUGGAGUCCGUCACGCCGCCGCUGCGACGCUCCCUCAGUUGAUCUCUUGCGCUAAGCAGGCCGAGCUCGGCGAAGAAUAUGUUAUCAACCUCUGGCAUGGCAUCUGCUCCAAGAUCAUGGAGGUCAUGACCACAGAAGCUGACCCUGCAUUCUUGCUUCAGCUCUAUGUGUCGUUCUACGAAUCCCUGGACUUUAUGAACGGACCCAGUCUGAGCCCCCAGUUGCUGGAGGAAUUCACCCGUGCGACCGAGGCCCAGUUGAAGGAGUUCUAUGCCCGUCUGAAGCACCGUGAGGAGGCCCGCAAGAGCGCCGAGUUUGAGGUCGAGGACGAGGAAGAGAUUCAGGAGGAGGAGAUGAACGAGGAGGCAGUUUUGGCGGAGAUGUCGCGCACGAUCCACAGCCUGAUGAAGACGCACGGAACUGCAUACUUGCCAAUGUUCAAGUCAUUGGAGCCCGUGAUUGCGACGUUUUUGAACGACUCGAACUCUGCCUCGCGCCAAUGGGCGAUCUGUGUGCUGGACGACCUGAUUGAAUUCACGGGCCCCAACUCGUGGUCUACGAUGGUUCCUUAUUUGCCCAAGAUGCUAGAGUCGAUUCUGGACAGCGCAUCGGAUGUGCGCCAGGCAGCAUGCUACGGACUUGGAUUGUGUGGAGAGUUUGGCGGCCCGGAGUACGCAGAGGUGUGCAGUGCAGCGUUGACGCCGUUGUUCCAGGUGAUCAAUGCGCCCCAGUCAAGGGAGGUUGAGAACGUGUAUGUGACAGAGAACGCGAUCUCGGCGGUGACGAAGAUCUGCAAGUUUAAUAGCAGCAAGUUUGAUGUGAAUACGGUCCUGCCAUCGUGGGUCCAAGCCUUGCCUUUGUUGAACGACGAGGACGAAGCCCCCACUACCUAUACCUACCUCUUGGAUCUCAUGGAUGCUCAACAUCCCUCGGUGCUCGGACUGAACAAUGUGAACAUGCCUCAUUUGGUGACGGUUAUGGUGGAGGCACUGGUUGCGGGUAUUAUUCCAGAACCGAUUGCCACGCGUAUGGUGCACACGAUGAAGGCGGCGUUGAGCUCGAUGGACUCGAACACGACGUCGACGAUCUGGAACAGCAUUACGCCUGAGAAGAGAAAGACUCUUCAGGACUUGAAUUACCUGUAAAGACAGGAAUUGUUUUUAGGUGGUCAUGGGGAGGCCUGGAAGAGAACCAGAGCAAGAGAUAUAUAUCAUAAU